AUGAGACAUGAAAAGAUUCACACUGGCUCGAGUCCCCAUCAGUGUCAACUGUGUGGGAAAACCUUUACUCGUUUCAAUUCUCUUUUAAGGCAUAAAAUAAUCCACACCGGUGAGAAGCCCUAUGCAUGUAAUCAGUGUGGGAAAAGCUUUUCUCGCUCUGCUUCCCUUCAAAGACACGAACGAACUCACACUGGGGGAAAACCCUAUGUCUGUAAGGAAUGUGGGGAUGCCUUCAUGCUUUGGAAUCAGUUUCGAAAACAUAAAGUAACCCACAGUGGUGUGAAUCCCCACGUCUGUAAGCAGUGUGGGAAGACAUUCACUCGACUCAGUUCCCUACAAAUCCAUGUAAGAAGUCACACUGGUGAGAAGCCCUAUGUGUGUAAGCAGUGCACAAAAGCCUUCGUGUCUUUGUAUCAGUUAAGAAGGCAUGAAGGAAGUCGUAGUGGUGUCAAACCCUAUGCGUGCAAACAGGGUGGGAAGGGGUUCUUCUGUUCGACUUCUUUUCGAAGUCAUGAAAAGAUGCACAGCGACGAUAACCCACAUGCGUGCUCACAAUGUGGAAAAGUUUUGAGUUCCGAGAGUGCUUUGCGGAAACCCAAAAUGAUUCACACUGGAGAGAGACCUCGUGUGUGUAAGCAGUGUGGGAAAACCUUCACCCACGUAAGUUCUCUUCAGUACCAUGCGUUGAUGCACAGUGGUGAGAAACCCCAUGAGUGUAAGGGGUGUGGGAAAGGCUUUAGGUCUCUUAGUCACCUUAAAAAGCAUGAGAGAACUCAACACUGA